AUGUCCUCGACCCCGCGACUCAAAGCGCUAAACAUUGAUAAUAUUAACCCGCACGUGAAGGCGGCAAAGUAUGCCGUCCGUGGAGAAUUGGCAAUUAAAUCAGAAGAAUAUAGAGCACAGUUACGAAAGCUGAAAGACGAGCCACCUACGCCUCCGGCCGAAAACAAGCUGCCCUUCGACACAGUCAUCAGUGCCAACAUUGGCAACCCUCAGCAACUCGAUCAGAAGCCCAUCACAUUCUUUAGACAAGUGCUCUCCCUUCUCGAGUACCCUAAUCUUCUCGACCACAGCGACGUCCUCCUCCAACACCUUGACUACAAGCAGGACGCCGUGGAUCGUGCGAGAUGGCUAAUCAAAGAGAUUGGAUCAGUCGGUGCAUAUAGUCAGAGUACUGGUGUACCUGCGAUAAGAAAGAGUGUGGCGAGGUACAUCGAGAAGAGAGAUGGCUUCCCUGCAGACUUCAAUAACAUCUACCUCUCUGCUGGUGCUUCAUCUGGAGUCAACACCCUGAUGCACAUCAUGUGCGCCAAUGACAAGAGCGGCAUAUUAGUCCCAAUACCUCAAUAUCCAUUGUAUACCGCAACGCUUUCCGUACUGAACGCUAGAUGCUGUCCCUACUAUCUAGACGAGUCGACAGGCUGGGGCACAGAUCUCGAGACCGUCAGAAAAUCUUAUGAGGAUGCAAAGAAAGAUGGUACAGAUGUCAGAGCUAUUGUCAUCAUCAAUCCUGGUAACCCGACUGGUGCCUCUUUGCCUCGCAGCGACAUCGAGAAUAUAAUAAAGUUUGCUGCAGAGAACCAGCUAGUUGUCAUGGCCGAUGAGGUAUACCAGACGAACGUUUUUAUUGGCGAGUUUAUCUCGUUCAAGAAAGUGCUUAGAGAACUGCAGAGGGACAACCCCGGUACCUAUGACCACGUCGAACUUGCUUCGCUUCACUCGAUAUCGAAGGGUAUGGUUGGAGAGUGUGGUCAUAGAGGUGGUUAUUUUGAGCUCGUCGGCUUUGAUAAGGAAGUGCAGGAGCAGAUCUACAAGUUCAUCAGUAUUAUGUUGUGUCCUCCUGUCACUGGACAGUGUUGUGUUGAGUUAAUGAUCAACCCACCUCAAGAGGGUGACCCAAGCUACGAGCUCUACUACAAGGAGUACAAGGGUAUUGAGGAUGGUCUGAAAGUACGCGCAACUGCACUGUAUGAGGCGUUCAAGGAGAUGGAGGGUGUGGACAUUGGAGAGCCGCAGGGCUCGAUGUAUCUCUUCCCGACCAUCACCAUUCCAGAGAAAGCCCAGCAGGUGGCUAAAGAGAAGGGCAAGAACGCCGACGAGUUCUAUUGUCUUGAGUUGUUGGAUGCAACAGGCAUCUGUGUCGUUCCAGGGAGUGGUUUUGGUCAAAAGCCAGGAACAUUACAUUUCAGGACAACCUUCUUGGCACCUGGCACAGAAUGGGUGGGCAGAAUCACAAAGUUCCACAAAGAGUUUAUGGAUCAGUAUAGGUAG